GUGGUUUCCUCCAUGCUGACAGUUGUGCUACUCUAACUGCUUGCUUCACUGCGGUGACAGUACUGUACCUUCGUACCUUCUGCGUCUGUUGAUCUCUUAUUGCUCUAGGAACAUUUAUACUCUUUGACAUUUUCCUUGAUAUUUUGAGGUUGUAUUUUGAGGUUCGUAACCAAGAUGUCUCUGAAGGUUCACACCAGCAAUGUCACCAACAAGAAUGACCCCAAGUCCAUCAACUCACGCGUGUUCAUCGGUAACCUCAACACAGCCGCGGUGAAGAAGUCGGAUGUGGAGAGUAUUUUCUCGAACUAUGGCCGCGUGCUGGGCUGCUCUGUGCAUAAGGGCUACGCCUUUGUCCAGUACGCCAGCGAGAGGCAUGCCCGUGGGUCUGUUAUAGGGGAGAAUGGACGAGUGCUGGCGGGACAGACUCUGGAUAUCAACAUGGCGGGGGAACCCAUGCCCAACAGACCCAGACGGCAAGACAUCAACAUGGCGGGUGAGCCCAAGCCCAACAGACCCAAAGGACUGAAGAGGUCUGCCGCUGGUCUCUACAGUGGCUAUGACUUUGAUAAUGACUACCACAGAGAUGAAUUCUAUGACAGGCUGUGUACCCUCUCUCUUUCCCUCUGUAGGCUGUUGCCAGUGCCUCGCAUAGUGCCAGUUAAGUGGCCUCACGUGGCCAUGCCCCUGGUGCGUCAGGUCAAGUAUUUGCCCGCCAAGCUGUUGGCACGCUCAUCACUCCUCCCUAGCAGCACCAAGCAGAAGUCGGUAAAAUCCAACGAGCUACAGGUAAUCAAAUCAGAGCUGACUCGGAUCAAGUUCAACAUUGAUGCGCUGCUCGGCCGAGUGGAACAGAUCACAGAAGACAAACACUUUGCCGCGGAGCUACGGAAGGCAGAGGAGAGCAGUAGCGAGGUGUCUCAAGACGAGUCAUGCUCGGUCACAGAGGAGCUGGUAGACGAAACCCAUAACAGUGAUGUGGAGGACGGCACACCGGACGAGUGUGAAGAUGACGACAUGGAAAACGAGCACCUUUCAGAAAUGGACUCCAUCCUGCAAUAAAAGGCAACGGGGAGCUGGAAAAGACUGUUGACUGGAAACUGUGUUAGUACCACAGACUCCACAGGAAGACACUCAAACCAUAGGGUGCCGUCAAAACCCACAACACCGGCCACAGAUGACUGACAGCACUGUCAAGCAGAGAGGGAGGCGCUCCCUUCAAACUGAGAUCUCAAAAAACCACUACACCUCUGGCUGACACCACCAGACAAUCAAUACAGGAAUUAAAGACGUAAAAAAUGUCUAUAACCAUGGGGUUCCCACUCGUCCAAAACAAGCAGAACAUUUCAAACUGAGGAACGCUACUAGCGAAAGAAAAGACUGACGUUUUUCUACUGUAUGCUACAGAUCCCUCCAAUUGACCAUCACUUGUUGUCCAUCCUUCCCAUUACCUCCUCUUCAGUCUUGUUUUUAUUUAGAUACUGAUCGAUUCAACUGUUAUUUUUAAUGACUGCCUAUUCCUCUGAAAGAGAUCUUUACACAUAUAAAUAAGCUGUUUACUUGGCUUUUUGCUUUCACUGCACAUAUCCUUUCAAAUCUCUCUGCAGAACCUGGCAGGGUUUUCAUGAAGCAGGGUGAAGGAGCAAGCUAACUUACAUUAAAGAGAAAUAUUAACAACGUUCCUGGUCUGUUUACCACUGGGUUAGAGUUAACAGGUCAGUAAUAUAUCCCAGCAGGCAAAAUGUGGAACACAUCUUAUGUCAUUUUCUGGUUAAGAAGACAAAAGGCCUUAUUCUUAUCAUGGAAGUUGAGCGUUACGGCGCGAUUGACAUUAAAAGGCAAUGUUCCCACGUUAGCGGAGACUCCAUUCACAGUAAACCCUGCAAAUGUCAGCUCAAUCAGAAAUGGUUAUUAAAUGUAAAGCUUACAACCAACUGCUCUCUGUUAAAACCAGGUAAAUAUUUUUCAUGGCAAGACGACAUUUGGUUAUCUUGGACAUAUAACCAGAUUGCAACUAAAAAAAUACGUAUUUUUCUGGUUGCUACCAGUUUUGCCUGCUGGGAUUGACCCAGUUUCAAGAUGAACUUGCUUAGACUAUUGGAGAAUAUGGGAUUGAUUGAAAAUGUUUACUCAAGUCAUUAAUAAUCAUGCUUUGGGGAAUAUCCAGGUGUCCUGGAUCUGUUUAAUAUCAAAGUAGAAGUUCUAGCUUUUCCACCUGAUCAAGGCCAUGUUCAACCUCACCUCACCUUGCCUGAACAGGAUUGGCAGAACAAAAGGUAUUUGGGAAGAUGGGGAACAGGCUGGCCCGCAUAAAGAACAGAUAGAAUGCCAGUUUGACAGCAAGUUAGUAAGUAAACAAUAGCCAGGCCUGCUAUUUUAUUUAUAAAGCUCUAUUUAGGCAUGUUCAAUAAGUAAUGUUUUAUUUUAGUUCUGUAUCCAUUGAUAUUUGUUGGGUAUUUCCCAGGUGACUAACUUCCUGGUUCCGGUUGCCACAUAAUGGCUAUUUUAAUGAAUGUUGAAGAAAAUAACAAUUAAUAGGUAAGCAUUGUGUUACCAUUCUACACUGUAAUUUAUCAAUCCCAGGCAAUUAGCAUACUGUAAACUUUAAGUAGAGCAUAGUGUGACUUCCUACACAACCACUAUCUUAAUUAUGUAAGUACUACUUAUGAAAAAAUAUCAACAUGUGAACUGUACACGUGCACCAUACAGCUUAACCAAUUCCCUCCUACCAACUCCCCUGGGCAAAGAGGUCUCUUCCAACUGUAGUCAGAAAGUAUAGCCCUAUUGAGUAAUGGCAUACUUUAUACUUGGUUAAUAGCAGCGCAAUUUCUCUGACAUUAUGCAUUAAAACGCUCAUUUUUCAUUAAAGGAGCCCAAUUACCCAUAGGCUUACGGUAUGAUGCCAUCACAGGAUCAGCCUGGGUCAUUUAUGGAAGUUCAUGCUUCGCUACACGAUCAUGCCUAUUUCACUCUCUCUAGUUAAACACAUCUAGGAAUGCAUGUGGAAAAGCACCCAGGAAUGAACUCUUGUUCAGAGUAAUCCAUCACAUCAUGAACACUGCAGUGCUCUGGGGGCUAUCGCUAACUACUUUUAGCUCUGUUACUUCUCAGCCAAGGCUUGUGACACUAACAAGACAUGUUUUAAUUGGGCACACAUCAGAGCUAAGGGUUGCCUAACUGUUUGGCGGAGACAAACUAAAGGGAGUAUGUCUUGUGCAACUAGCUAUAUCAUUUUAUCAUUAUUGAUUUGUAAUAAUACUUCAAUGUUCUUUCAAGGUACAGAUGACUUGGAUGAGUGAACUUUUAACUCUCCAACAUUUAAGUCUUUUCAGGAUUUGGACCUCAUCUUCCAAGAAUUUCCAUCCCCUGACUAUGUGGAAAUAUGUGGUAGUUUUAAAGAGUGUCCUGUUCUGCCUUGGCAAGAUCAGAAAACACACUCAUUAUUCAUGAAUGCCUCACCUCGUUUCGGAGUGUGAGGUGAUGUCAACCAGGUAUUUGGUAUUUUAUUAGGAUCCCCAUUGGCUGUUGCAAAAGCAGCAGCUACUCUUCCCGGGGUCCACACAAAACAAUACAGAAUGACAAUACAGAACAUCAAUAGACAAGAACAGCUCAGACAGAAAUACAAAUAUAUAUAAUGAAAAGGCAAACGUAGCCUACAUAUCAAUGUAUACACAAACUAUCUAGGUCAAAUAGGGGGGAGGCAUUGUGACGCGAGGUGUUGCUUUCUCUGUGUUUUGAAACCAGGUUUGCUGUUUAUUUGAGCAAUAUGAGAUGGAAAUUCCAUGCAAUUAGGGCUCUAUAUAAUACUGUAUGUUUUCUUGAAUUUGUUCUGGAUUUGGGGACUAUGAAAAGACCCCUGGUGGCAUGUCUGGUGGGGUAAGCGUGUGUGUCAGAGCUGUGUGUAAGUUGCCUAUGCAAACAAUUUGGGAUUUUCAACAAAAUAUUUCUUAUACAAAGAAAUGAUGCAGUCAGUCCCUCAACUCUUAGCCAAGAGAGACUGACAUGCAUAGUAUUUAUAUCAGCCCUCCAAUUACAAUUAAGAUAAAAACUUGCCGCUCUGUUCUGGGCCAGCUGCAGCUUAACUUGGUCUUUCCUUGCAGCACUGGACCACACACCUGGACAAUAAUCAAGAUUAGACAAAACUAGAACCUGCAGAACUUGCUUUUUGGAGUGUGGUGUCAAAAAAGCGGAGCAUCUCUUUAUUACGGCCAUACCUCUCCCCAUCUUUACAACCAUUGAAUCUAUAUUUUGACAUGACAGUUUACAAUGUAAAGUAACGCCAAGUAAUUUAGUCGCCUCAACUUGUUGAACAGCCACACCAUUCAUUACCAGAUUCCGCUGAGGUAUAGAACUUAAGGAAUGAUUUGUACCAAAUACAAUGCUCUUAGUUUUAUUGAUUUUCAGGACCAGUUUAUUACUGGCCACCCAUUCUAAAACAGACUGCAACUUUUUGUUAAGGGUUUCAGUGACUUCAUUAGCUGUGGUUGCUGAUGCGAAUCUGGUUGAAUCACCGGAAUACAUGGACACACAUGCUUUUUUUACUACCAGUGGCAGGUCAUUGGUAAAAAUAGAAAAGAGUAGAGGGCCUAGAGAGCUGCCCAGCGGUACACCACACUUUACAUGUGACAUUAGACUAGCUUCCAUUUAAAGUAAACCCUUUGAGUUCUAUUAGAUAGAUAGCUCUGAAUCCACAAUACGGCAGAGGUUGAAAAGCCACAACAAGUUUUUUUCAACAACAAGUUAUGGUCAAUAAUAUCAAAGGCUGCAUUGAAAACUAACAGCACAGCUUCCACAAUUUUCUUACAAUUUGUUCACAGAGAAACAGCAUUGUAUUUGGUCAAACAAUUUUUUCCAACAGUUUGCUAAGAGCUGGCAGCAAUCUUAUAGGACUGCUGUUAGAACCAGUAAAGGCCGCUUUACUAGUCUUGGGUAGCGGAAUGACUUUGUCUUCCCUCCUGGCCUGAGGACAAAGACUUGCCUCUAGGCUCAGAUUAAAAAUAUGACAGAUAGAAGUGGCUAUACAGUCAGCUACCAUCCUCAGUAGCUUUCCAUCUAAGUUGUCAAUGCCAGGUUUGUCAUUAUUGAUCAAUAACAAUUAUUUUCCACCUCUCCCUCACUAACUUUACAAAAUUCAAAUUUGCAAUGCUUUUCUUUCAUUAUUUGUCUUUUUAUACGUUAAUAUAAUUGCUCACUGUUUGUUGUUGGCAUUUCCUGCUUAAGUUUUCCAAUGAAAUAAUCAUUAAAAUAAUUGGUAGCAUCAAA